AUGUCGUGGGGCGAUGGCACUGGUGCGAGGGAGAAGUGUGGUCAACCGUCCAUAUCGCUGUUCUUCCUGGCACUCGAUCCGGGUCCAGUUUCGUCAAUGCAUGUUCAUAAACAGAGGAAGAAAUACGGCGUGGACGUCGUUCGUUCCCAAAGAGAGUUCCCAAGAAAAGUAGAAAUAAAAGAGAGGCAAGAGAUGACCACGAAAAGCUGUCAAAGCCCAAUAUCUUCAGGUUUAAACAGUAACGGAUCAUGGUUCAAAAAGGAAAAAAGAACAAAUACAUGCAUACCAAGGAAAUCACACUUUAUCCAGGUCGUACAGUGGUGA